AUAACAAAUACCUCUUGUUAUAGUUUUUUACAUAAUCCACAUUUAUAUUUGAAAUGAUUUUAAUAAGAAUAUUCAUCAUAUUACUCUUUGUAAUAUAUGCGGUUGCUGAUGUUAAACACAUAUCAGAUAGAAAUCUGGAUUUAUUUAAAUAUGAUCCAAGUGAUAUUUAUACCCUUCCAGAAGACAUUGAUGAUGAUAAGCCUGCAAUAAUUUUUGGAGGUGAUGUUAUGAAAGCAGCUGUAGAGAAACUCCAAAAUCUUAACGGAAAUAAAAAGUUUAAGUUAGACCUAAAAACUCAAAACGGAAUUGAAGUUACGAGUGUAGGAAAACUAAAAGAUGAAAAGACAUUCAUUGUAAGUGGAGCUUAUUCGUUCACUGGUGCAGAUGGAAAGCGUUAUAAAACUCGUUAUACAGCAGAUGAGUUCGGAUAUCAUCCAAUAACCGAACUCGAUUUGGAUAUUCCUAAGUAA